AUACCUUAUCUAUAAUUAACCAAAAAACAGCUCAUCGAUCAAUAAACGUGUUGUUUUGUUUGUGCAAAAUAAAUUUUUAACUGUGAUAAACGCAUCGGAAAGGAUUACAGCAAGUUCCUAUCGCUUAGACUAUGAUACUUCUUAAAGGUUAUCUGAUAUUUUUUAUCUGCGGUUUAUGUAACAUCGCUAGGCCCUAUAUAAAGUGGGACCGCAACAAGGGAAUUUAAAACAAAACCAUCAUGGCGCAAGUGGUCUGGAUAUUUUUGGUUGUUUCGUCAGCCUUAAUAUUAACGGCGGCCGCCCCCUCGGAGGAGAUUGUAAAGUGUACAGCCGAGAACACCGAUAAUUCAGACAGUGCUAAGAAAGCAGCUGAUGAAGUAUCGAAGUUUAUUGACAAAUCCGUCGAUCCCUGCGAUGACUUUUACAAUUUUGCUUGCGGUGGAUUCAUAAAAAAUCACGAAAUACCCUCUGACGGUGAGGAAAUAAGCCAAUUCAUCAAUGUCAACAAUGGAGUUUUCGAACAACUACACGUAUUAAUGAAAGAACCAAUCGGUGACCAAGAACCAAGAUGGUCAAAACUGACGAAACAGUUUUUCCAAACUUGCUCCGACACAGAUGCAAUAAAUAAACGGGGUUUAAAAUCGAUAAAGGAGUUGAUAAAGGAAUUAGGCGGGUGGCCUGUGUUAGAAGGCGAAAACUGGAAAGGAGAUGGUUUUGACUGGAAGAAGUUAAUCUACAAAUUUAGGGAACUUGGAAUAGGUACUAAUCAGUUUCUUAUGACUAGGGUGGAUCCUAGUCCAAAGAAUUCUUCGACACGAGUCAUUGCCAUCGGACAAAUUGAUACGGUUAUUGAUCGAAUCAGCCUAGGUAAAGGUUUUGAUGACAAAAGGGUUCAGGCCUAUUACAAAUACAUGGUUGAUUUCGCUUCAAUAUUUGGAGCAAACAAGGAUAUUGCACUUGCCGAUAUGAAAGAUUUAAUUAACUUUAUGAAGGAUUUAUCAGACAUUACGAUACCACCGGAAGAGCAACGUGAUUUAACAGCAAUGACAAAUAUUAUGACAGUAAAGGAAUUACAAACAAGGUUCCCUUACAUAAAUUGGGAAGAAUUCCUCAGUAGUGUGAUAGGUCCCAAUGUUAAAAUAACAGAAAAUGAUAUAGUUGACGUCGGCAUGCCUAAGUAUGUUACAAACCUGGAAUCCCUGUUAGAAAAGACACCAAAAAGAGUCGUAGCGAACUACGCCAUAACGUUAAGUUUAAUGUCCACUGCGACAUAUCUAAGCAAGGAAGUAAGAGAUCUGGAAAUGGAGUUGGGGAAAGCGUUAAGUGGUACAUCGUCGGUACCUCCAAAAUGGAAAGAGUGCCUAGGAGAGGUAUCUGAAAACUUCAAAAUUGCGACAGCGGCCUUAUAUGCUCGUAAGUACUUUACGAAGGAAGCCAAGGUCAACGUAGCUAAACUAAUAACAACCUUACACGAGAAGUUCAUAGAAAUGUUGCAAAAGGUAGACUGGAUGGAUGAGAAGACUAAAAAUCAAGCUCUAGAAAAAGCCAAAGCUAUAAAGGAACACAUUGCAUUUCCUAAUGAACUCUUGGACGACAAAAUCUUAAAUGAUUACUACGAGAGCCUAGAAGCCACGGACGACUAUUUACACUUCAGUUUAAGUAUUGGCAAAUUUAGAAGGAAUAAAAUGACUGAAACCCUAUUCGAACUAGUUGAUAGAAGCGAUUGGAAAGAACACAGUUCAUCCCAUGAAGUAAAUGCAUUUUAUCACCUAUCCGAAAACUCCAUAAUCAUACCGGCCGCCAUAUUGCAAGGUGCCGUUUUCAGGCACGGCCGUCCAAAUUAUCUGAAUUACGCCGGUAUCGGUUUCAUAGCUGGACAUGAAUUGACGCACGGAUUCGACGAUAGAGGAAAACAAAUUAGCAAAAUCGGCGAAUUGGACAAUUGGUGGACAGACGAAACGGAAAAGGCGUACGGUGAGAAGGCGAAAUGCAUCCUGGAUCAGUUCAACAAUUUCAAGUCGGAGAAACUGGACGCUCACGUGAACGGUAUUGUGACUCUUGGAGAAAAUAUUGCUGAUAACGGUGGCCUUAAGCUUGCAUAUGAGGCUUAUGAAAAGUACGUUGAGGAACACGGGCCGGAAAAGUGCCUACCGAAUUUGGAAUAUACCCCUAAACAAUUGUUUUGGAUAUCUAUGGCGAACGUAUGGUGCACGAAGAAAAGAGAUGAAAACUUAAAAGUGGAAAUGGAAACCAGUGAUCAUUCACCGUCAAUGUAUAGAGUAUACGGAGUUGUAGCGAAUUCAAAAGAGUUUGCAAAAGAUUUUAAUUGCCCUUCGAGUGCAAAAAUGCAUUCAGAAAAGAAAUGUACGUUCUGGUGAUACUAAAGUUUAAUGUUCCAAUUAUACGAUUGAAAGUC